CGACGGGAAAACAGUCAAAUAUUUUGGCGGAAGUUUUGAAAUGCAGUCAAUUUGUGUUUUGAAAAAUUGAUGCCUUUCCUUCGGCAUUGCUGAAUGCUGAUCCAGAUUGCAAGGGUUGCCUGGUGUGUAACCUGUAUGAUCCAGUGCUUGUCCUUUCAAUCACCAUGAAUGACGAUUAUGCCUCAGCGAUUCUUGUCAGCAAUGAAUUGUUGACCAUCCUGUCUGCAGAAGAUGAUGAGCUGAAACUUCUGGAAGAACUUGCAGCCAUUCAAGAUGAAAUAAAAAAACUGAGGGCAGACCGGAUAGCUGCCAUCAAAAGAGAUAUCCAAGGUCUGCUGGAGCAGCAGGACCUCGCUGAUGAUGAUGAGACGGGUGGGGGUGGUGGCUUGCUGUCUCUGAAUGCCAUUGAGUCGGAGAUCGCCGUGCUUGAGGACCAGGUGAAGGCAACGAGGCAGCACGUGUCGAGCACGGAGGAAGAGUGCCAGCAGCUCGCCAGUGUGUUGAACAAAGCCAUUGCCCAGCAGAAGAAGCUGAGGCAGAAACGCGAACAGAUUAAAAAUGAUGCUGGCAUAUCCCUGCCAAAAGCAAGAUACGACGUCAAUUUGUACAGCAAUAUCAGCAACAUCCGCUGGCGGUACGACUGUGGACCAGAUGAAGUUAGUGGCUAUGUCUGCAAGAAAAAUGAUGUGAAGCCGUUUUCCAUUGACACAAAGCAGGUGUCACACUUUUUCUUGGUGAAUUAUUUAUGGGACCUGAUGGACGAAGGUGAAUGAUAGAUCAAAUGACCAAAUCAUCAUCAGUUUUUAAAUGAUAGAUUUAUGAAGUUUCCUGUUCGACAUCUUCAUCAACUGUCACUGCUACCUGGGAAGUUUAAUUCAUUGACAAUGACCAAAUCAAAAUCAGUUUUUAAAUGUUAAGAUCUGUGAAGUUUCCUGUUCGACAUUUUCAUCAACUGUCACUGCUUCCUGGGAAGUUCAAUUCAUUGACAAUGACCAAAUCAUCAUCAGUUUUUAAAUGAUAGAUAUGUGAGGUUUCCUGUUCGAUAUCUUCUUCAACUGUUACUGCUAAGUUUAAUUCAUUGACAAUGGCCAAAUCAUCCAUCUGUAAAUGAUAGAACAUUGAUGUAACCUGUCCGACAUUUUUAUCAGAUGUCAUUUCAACUUGGAACAUCAUCCGUUUUGAAAACGCCAUGUUUUAUGGAUGUCAACAUUUUAUGACAUUUCAUAGCAAUGAUUCUACAAGUGUUCUUAGUGAGCUGAAGAAUGUUGUUUUGACAAGUAAAAUUUGAUAUGGACUGAACAUUUGAAUUUUUUUUAUCAUGUCUCAUUCUUUCAGUUAUACCAGUGAAAUAUUGGAUCUUCAUUAUAUGGAAUUCUUCAUUAUAGGGAAUAAGAAUACAUUUUAUCCAGUAAAACA